AUGCAAUUUAAAUUCACAAACGCAAAUUUUCCGAGAACCACUGACGGACGUGUUUAUCAUGUUGGUGUUAAACGUGGUGAAGUCGCUAAUCGAAUAAUAACAGUUGGUGAUUCCACUCGUGCUCGUAUUCUCGCAAAAUUAUUAGACGUCGAUUCACCAGUACUCACAAUUGAAUCACAUCGCGGGUUCACGAUUAAAACAGGUUGUUAUCAUGGUGUACCUAUUAGUAUUGUUUCCAUUGGAAUGGGAUUUGCGAUGAUGGACUUCUUUGUACGUGAAGUUCGUACUGUAGUCGAUGGUCCAUUAAUAAUUAUUCGUCUUGGAUCAUGUGGUUCAGUUGGUCCCGCAACAGUCGGAUCGAUGAUUAUACCACAUGGUGCUUUCGCCGUAUUAAGAAAUUAUGAUUAUUUCGCGGAUGACGCAGAACCAAACGCCAAAUCUUACAAUAUUACUAAAGUAUUUGACGCGGAUACUGAAUUGUGUUCACUGUCUGAAUUACAUACCGGCCUAAAUGGAUCUUCCGACAGUUUCUACUCGUCACAAGGGCGUCAAGAUGACAAUUUUCGUGACGAAAAUCAUAACCUUAUCGAACAAAUACUUGCCAAAUAUCCAGAUACACAAUCAAUAGAAAUGGAAACUUUUAUGUUAUAUCACAUGGCAAAAAUUUCUACGGCGCCUUUAUCUAUUGAAAAAUCACAAGCAAAUAAAAACAGCAUUCGAGUCGCUGCAAUAUUGAUGGUUUUUAUGGAUCAAAAGAAUAAUGAAUGCGUGGAACCAGAGCGUGUUGCUUUUCUUCUAGACUCUGCGGGAAAAGCGUUGUUGAACGUGUUGUCUAAAGUUGAAUUAGAACAUGCUUGUGAAAAGAAUGGAACCAUUGGUUGA